AUGCAUUGCAGGGCGUUCUUAUUGCUGGAGAGAGAAUACCUAGACCUGAAAAAAGGAAAACCUUUUGGCAUAAGUGCACUUCCUCUCAGUAAUGAUUUAUUAAAAUGGGUAGCUGAAAUUGAAGGCCAGAAGAAGUCCAUUUGGGAAGGAUGUAAAUUCCCUUUGGUAAUGAAAUUUUCCCCGGAAUACAAUGCUUUACCUCCAGCUGUGGCAUUUAAUCCUAUUCCCUUCCACCCAAAUGUUCACCCCAAAACUGGCAAACCAUCUGUAGAUUUUCUAGAUGACCCCGACGCUUGGGAACGUGUUCAUACACUAAAAAGCAUCUUACUUUCUAUUCAGGAGUUGCUUUCUUAUCCAACAUUAAAUGAUCCAGUUAAUUUGGAAGCAGCACAGAUGAUCAUAGAUGACAAAAUUCUGUUCAAAGAAUUAGCCUUGAAGUCAAUGAAUAACCCCCCAAUUGUAACUGAGCUUGAUAGUGAAGAGGAGCCUGAUAUCAUUUUCAAGUCACCAGACGAAAUAUCGACCGUGUCUGAAAAAAGCAUUAAAGGAAUUUCCUUUGAUGAAUACUACAAGACUUGGUCUGGAAUUGCGACAACACAAACAAAUAAUGGCCUCAAAAUUCCAGUGACUCAUGAUCCUAAUUUAAUGGAACACUUCAAAAAAUGGAAGAGCAAGCAAAAAAAUACAAAUCGAGACUGGGAUGCCAAAUUUCAUUCCAUCAUGACUAGAAUUGCACAGGAAAAUAGGCUUCCUACCAAGUUAGAUAGAAGCUUAAUACAAUCCAUCAAGAGUGCACAGAUCAACACAACACCAGAUACAAAUAUUUUGGGUUCAGAGGAUGAAGAUGAAUGGGUCACUAAGAGGCCGAAAGGCAAAAAGAAGGGUAAGAAGAAGGUUAAAAGUAAGAAGAAUAAGUAUAAGAAUAAAAGCCCUCAAGAAAGUGAUGAUACAGAGGAGGCUUGGGAAAAAGAAGUGGAGAACCUGGUAGCCUGGACCAACAAACUCAGCACGACUGCAUUAGAAGAUUGA